GAAUUGAUGCUUUUCAAGAGACCUCUAUUGUCUAGGUAACCAGGUCUAUAAUGAAGCACAAUUAUCUUGUUCUUAAUGUUGAUGAUAUACCUAGGAUUGUUAGAGAAGCGUUCUUUUUAGCUUCAUCGGGUCGACCUGACCUUAUGUUGAUCGAUGUGCCUAAAGACAUUCAGCAACAAAUGGUGGUGCCCAAUUGGUAUCAACCCAUGAAAAUUCAUGGUUAUAUUAACCGGUUGCCAAAAAAUCCUGAACUUUCUCAGCUUGAACAGAUUGUACGUUUGAUUUUGGGAUCAAAAAGGCCUGUUCUUUAUGUUGGGGGUGGCUGUUUGAAUGCUAGUGAGGAGUUGAGGAGGUUUGUUGAGCUAACUAGAAUACCAGUUGCCAGUACUUUAAUGGGGUUGGGUUCGUAUUCAUGUUCAAAUGAUCUCAGCUUGCGUAUGUUAGGAAUGCAUGGUGCUGUUUUUGCAAAUUAUGCUGUUGAUAAAGCUGAUCUUUUGUUAGCUUUUGGGGGUUAGAUUUGAUGAUAGAGUGACUGAAAAUUGGAGGCUUUUGCAAGUAGGGCGAGUAUUGUUCAUGUCCAUAGACCUAGCUGAGAUGGGAAAAAACAAGCAACCCCAUGUUUCUCGUUGUGCUGAUAUCAGGCUGGCUUUAUGUGGGGUGAAUCAUUUGUUGGAGGAGAGAGAAAGGAGUGUGUCCGAUUUGUUCAUGGAGAGAAAGGAGUGUGGGUUUUGUGAAGCUCGUAAAAAUGAGGGGAUAGAGAUGGGAACGUGAAGA